GGCCCGGGCCGGGGCCGCCCCUCCUCCUACCGGGCUCUCCGCAGCGCCGUGUCCAGCCUGGCGCGCGUGGACGAUUUCCACUGCGCCGAGAAGAUCGGGGCCGGCUUCUUCUCCGAGGUCUACAAGGUUCGGCACCGACAGUCAGGGCAAGUCAUGGUGCUGAAAAUGAACAGGCUCCCCAGUAACCGGGGAAACACGCUACGGGAGGUGCAGCUGAUGAACCGGCUCCAGCACCCCAACAUCCUAAGGUUCAUGGGGGUCUGUGUGCACCAGGGGCAGCUGCACGCUCUUACAGAGUAUAUGAAUGGGGGAACCUUGGAACAGCUGCUCAGCUCUCCUGAACCCCUCUCCUGGCCUGUCAGGCUCCGCCUGGCUCUGGACAUCGCCCAUGGCCUGCGAUACCUGCAUGCCAAAGGUGUAUUCCACCGAGACCUCACAUCCAAGAACUGUCUGAUCCGUCGGGAAGACCGAAGCUUUACAGCUGUUGUGGGUGACUUCGGGCUGGCUGAAAAGAUUCCUGUGUAUAGGGAAGGGGAAAGGAAGGAGCCAUUGGCUGUGGUGGGUUCCCCAUACUGGAUGGCUCCAGAAGUGUUGCGGGGUGAGCUAUAUGAUGAGAAGGCCGAUGUCUUUGCCUUUGGGAUUGUCCUCUGUGAGCUUAUCGCACGAGUACCUGCGGACCCUGACUACCUACCCCGUACUGAGGACUUUGGCCUGGAUGUGCCUGCUUUCCGGACCCUGGUAGGAGAUGACUGCCCACUGCCUUUCCUGCUCCUGGCCAUCCAUUGCUGCAGUAUGGAACCUAGCGCUCGUGCUCCCUUCACCGAAAUCACCCAGCACCUGGAAUGGAUCCUGGAGCAACUGCCUGAGCCAGCCCCCCUCACCAGGGCUCCCCUGACUCACAGUCAGGGGUCCGUUCCAAGAGGGGGUCCCUCUGCCACGCUUCCCAGGCCAGACCCCCGGCUCUCCCGAAGCCGGUCAGACCUCUUCCUGCCCCCAUCACCAGAAUCACCCCCCAACUGGGGGGACAAUCUGACUCGAGUCAACCCCUUCUCACUACGGGAAGACCUCAGGGGUGGCAAGAUCAAGCUCCUGGACACACCCAGCAAGCCAGUCACCCCCCUGCCCCUUGUACCACCAUCACCACUGCCCUCUAUCUGGCUGCCCUUGGUGACCACUCCAGAGACCCUACUCCAGCCUGGGACACCUGCCCGUCGCUGCCGCUCAUUACCAUCAUCCCCUGAGCUCCCCCGACGCAUGGAGACAGUACUGCCAGGUCCUGGCCCCCCCUCUGUGGGCCCCUCGGCUGAUGAGAGAAUGGAGUGUGAGGGCAGUAGCCCUGAGCCAGAACCCCCAGGACCAGCUCCCCAGCUGCCCCUGGCUGUGGCCACGGACAACUUCAUCAGCACUUGUUCAUCAGCCUCCCAACCCUGGUCCCCUGGAUCAGGACCUUCCCUUAACAACAACCCCCCAUCUGUGGUGGUGAACUCUCCACAGGGCUGGGCCAGGGAGCCCUGGAACCGGGCCCAGCAUAGCCUUCCCCGGGCGGCAGCCCUGGAACGGACAGAACCCUCGCCGCCCCCUUCAGCUCCUCGGGAGUCUGAUGAGGGGCUGCCUUGCCCCGGUUGCUGCCUGGGCCCAUUCAGCUUUGGCUUCUUGUCUAUGUGCCCCCGCCCCACACCAGCUGUUGCCCGCUACCGCAACCUGAACUGUGAGGCAGGCAGUCUCCUCUGCCACCGAGGGCACCAUGCCAAGCCACCCACACCCAGCCUUCAGCUGCCCGGGGCACGUUCUUAGCAGUGGAGCCUCCAACUUUGACCUUCAGGAUGCCCUGUGAGGACAGCGCACAUGCUGGAUAGUGCCAUCCCCAGAUGGGCCGACCAGCUCCUCUAUCUGAAUAGGGGAACCUCAGCAUGGACUCGAGGGAAAGAACAUUUCCUAUCCAACCCCUGGGCUUGCUCUCCCGUGGGGACCACACAGCAUUGCUGACACAUGAGACUAACACGUGCAAAUUAUUUAAAAAUAUUUCAAUAAAACUGCCUGGCUGGCUCCGGGCUGCCCCAUCCGCUCA